GUUCAAGAACACAUUCAUCUAAGUAGAAUAAUGAGCGAUGUACCGAUGAUGAGCAUUAUUUCAGGAACGAAAAAAUUAAAAAUAAAUUGCGCUCAAUCAAUUUGGACAUGCUUAUGAUAGAAUCGAUACAUUAGAUGAUUUAGUCAACCAUCGAAAUAUGAAAGUUUUUCUAUUCAAAGGUGAACCAUCACAAACAAUUUUGACAGCAUUUGAUCAUCCAUUCUAUUAUGAUCUUGAAAAUCGUUUUUUGAUUGAAGAUCCUCCAAAUGAAGAUAUUGAAGAUUGGGAAAACAAGAUAGCCAAUGAGAUAAAUGAUCGAAAAUUAGCAAUGAUAAGCGAUGAAUAUUAUCUGGAUUAUUUUCAAUAUGUGUUUUUAAAUAAAUUUCCCAAUCUAUAUCGAUCAAUUAGAAAUGAUGUUGUAUUGCCAUAUUUUCUUCCAUUAAGUAAUAAAAAUUCCAAUGAAAUGGAUCAUUCGUUGAAUGAAAUGAUAAUAUCGUUAUCGGAAAAUGGCCUAUACAAUUAUUGGGUGAUUGAAACAUUGAAUCAGAAUAAAGUGGAAAUAUAUACAAAAAUGAACCAUAAACAUACGAUAAAUGAUUUCGAAGUAAUGUCAUUGUCCAUCAAUGAUAUACAAGCCAUCAUAUCUAUAUAUUGUAUUUUUUCCAUCAAAUCAAUAUUAAUUUUGUUCAUUGAAAUUUUGGUAAAAAAAAUUUCAAUGAUGAAAAACACUAUGGCCAAUAGUAUUGUAUUAUGGCCAACACCAAAUGAACUUUAUCAAAACAUCACCAACAAUAAUCAUCAAAGAAAAUAUAGAAAUAAAAAUUUACAUCAUCAUUCCAAUGAUUUUGUUCUACACAGCAGAUGUUCAACAAUAAUAAUAAAAUGA